GCGGCACCGGACUCGGGGAUGGGGCGCUUCCGCAAAGAUGGCGGCGGCUGCGGUGAGAAGCGCUCGGCUGAUGGCCUGGGGCGGGAGACUGCGGCGUGGGGUUUCUGCCGGCCGGCGGGCUUUGCCGGGCCCCAGCCCCUUGGCGGCGGCAGUGGCCAGCGUGGCCCUGGCAGGCACGGGAGUGGCGUGGUACCACGGCCGCGUGAAUCUCGGGGCGCCCCGAGGCAGCCUCACCGUCUUAGCACAGAAAACUGUUGACCCUGGAGAGAUAGGAGAAAAACUGUCCCUUUGUAAACAGCGCUUCAUGCAGUUUUCGUCCCUGGAACAUGAAGGAGAAUAUUACAUGACACCACGAGACUUCCUCUUUUCAGUGAUGUUUGAGCAAAUGGAACGUAAAACUUCAGUGAAGAAGCUGACCAAAAAGGAUAUCGAGGAUAUACUGGCAGGAAUCCAACCAGCUCGUUGUGGAUCAACCUUUUUUAGAGACCUUGGCGACAAAGGACUGAUAUCUUAUACUGAGUAUCUUUUCUUGCUUACAAUCCUCACUAAACCCCAUACUGGGUUUCAUGUUGCUUUUAAAAUGCUGGAUGCGGAUGGUAAUGAGAUGGUGGAGAAAAAGGAAUUUUUUAAGCUGCAGAAAAUCCUAAGUAAACAAGAUGACUUGAAGACAGCAGUAGCUAAUGAAACAGAGUGCCAGGAACCGGCACUGAAAGAACCUGAAAUUACCACAACCCUUCAGAUACAUUUCUUUGGAAAAAGAGGAGAAAGAAAACUUCAUUAUAGAGAAUUUCGAAGAUUUAUGGAGAAUUUACAAACAGAGGUCCAAGAAAUGGAAUUCCUUCAGUUUUCUAAAGGUCUGAGUUUCAUGAGAAAAGAAGACUUUGCAGAAUGGUUACUUUUCUUCACUAACACAGAAAACAAAGACAUCUACUGGAAAAAUGUGAGGGAGAAGCUGUCAGCAGGAGAGAGUAUUAGUUUGGAUGAGUUCAAGUCAUUUUGUCAUUUCACCACACACCUGGAGGAUUUUGCCAUUGCCAUGCAGAUGUUCAGUUUAGCUCACCGACCUGUCAGACUGGCGGAGUUUAGGAGGGCGGUGAAGGCAGCCACGGGGCAGGAGCUCUCAAACAAUCUUUUGGACACCGUGUUCAAGAUCUUUGAUGUGGAUGGCGAUGAGUGUCUUAGUCAUGGAGAGUUUCUUGGAGUGUUAAAAAAUAGGAUGCAUCGAGGUUUAUGGGUGCCCCAGCAACAAAGUGUACAGGAAUACUGGAAGUGUGUGAAACGAGAGAGCAUUAAAGGAGUGAAAGAAGUCUGGAAACAAGCUGGAAAAGGUCUUUUCUAGAAAAAAGAUAAUAUGGGCAUUGCAUUGCUCCAAAUGUCAGAAUUUAGAAUUUUUCUUUUUUAAGUACUAGAUGUUUGUCUUCUGGAGUCUUCUUUGGUUUUCUUUGUAAUAUAAGGAUCCCUUAUAUUUGCUUUCUGAUUCAGUAAUUUCUUAAUGAAAUUUCAUUAAACAACUUAGUAAACUACAGAUACUGGAUUCUGUCAGAGGGCCUGCAAUUGAAGUAAUGCUUUGUACUCUGGUAAGAUUGAAAACCUAGUUAUUCACUGAUUUCUUAGACACAGUAGUAAGACACGCUCUUGGGAAGGGUGUCAGCUAGUACUUACAGAAACAAAUAUUGAUACACAGGCUAACCCAAGUCCGGGAGUCCUGAUGUUCCUUGUAGGACAAAUUGAGUUAAAAACAUUUAGGGUUUUCUCAUCUGUAUCUCAUAUCUCAUAAUCUUCUGUGUAUUUUAUUUCAGUUACCUAUAAGUUGUCUUAAAAAUAAUAUGUAAAUUUCAGUAUCCUAUGUGGAAACCGAAUAAAGUACUUAACAGAUACAAAAAUUAGA